AUGUACUUCAUUUCCAAAGCAAUUCACGUGCUUCUCGGUGUCAGCAUCGGCUGUACUUACUUCGACGUUGUAUCCGCAGAAUCUGAAUAUGAGACGCCUGUUCAAACCCUUCAACGGAUUGGAGGAAUGGUUCCGUGGGAUAUUCCUGGAACAGUGUUUGACAACCUAGUUAACAAUCAUCCAAACGCGACCGGAAACUUCCCAAUCGCCGGUCCAAAUCUCUCAAUGUCCUCGAACUCCAACAUUGAAGGUUGGCAUUGGUCCAUUUCAGCGGUAGCAGAUAUACCCAUAGUCAAUUCCAGCUGGAACAGACCGGAAAGGAGUAUAUUCUAUACUGGGGGAAAGUUGAUCUUCAACGGACCCUCCUCACCCUCGAACCAGAACAUCUCCGUGAACGACGACUGGCACAUUUGCCUCUUCAACUGGCAAUUGGAUAAUGUUCCCUAUCCGUCGGCGUUGCGUGGUGAUGACGGAACAUGUUCGAGCGUAUUGAACAAUCAAUGUAUUGCGGAGCUGAAAAAUGCUGUCCAGACCAGUUCCGGUAGGAGCUGUUCUUGUCCGCGCAAAAGCGAAAUUCCAUCGUGCACUGCACUGGGCAAUGACAGUGCAAUAUGGACAAAUACCUGUGCUGGGGGGUUUUUCGAUGCCACGGCCAUUCGAAGGUGGGCUGGUGGGAGGUUGGAAAAGAAUGCUUGGGGUGGUAAUAAGGCCCACAGUGCAGGCAACACGACUGCAUACAACUACAUUGGGAGCUUGGCCUGGCCUGUCAUGGCAGGCUUUUAUUUUCGAAACCAGAGCGUGGCUACAACAGUGUCUUGCCCGCGUGCGAAGGAUGCUACACCUGGAAGUACGGCGCCCACAGGAGAGGGCCUUCAGCACGGAGAACAUAACGAAAGUGCUGGCAACGGAGAGAGCGGAAGCAGCAUUGCGAACCAUCCCACUAUCCUCUGCCGCAAAGGCAGUGAGGUAAACCUGGAUAUGGUGUUGCUCAAAAACAUAAACAUAACUUUGGCUUUCAACAUACGAUUCGAUGAACAGUCGAUUACGUGCGAAAGGAGCAAUACGCGUGUUAACAUUCUCAAGGCUAGGGCCGGAGGCCGAAAGCAUGGUCUCUCGGGCAGCACAUGGGGCCACUAUCGUCAACUCACCUCUCCAGUAUCCCGCCAAUACCAUACCAUUAUCACAAUGACACGACUGAAUGCAUGUUCUUUAUUGCCUCGAAAAAUAACAGAACAAAGUGCAACUUCAUCCAACAAUGUCGUAGAUACGGAGGAUGACAAAGAGAGUAAUCAUGAAGCCUUCAACUUUAAAGGCGAGGCGCAAGCCGCAACACAAAAUGUCAGAGUCGAAGGAAAGUUUUCAAAUUUCAGACCAAUCAUCAAGGCUCAAAUUGCUAUGAUGCCUGAAGAAAUGCAAAUGCGAAACAUAUUGCAAAAAUCAACACAAUUGGCGGAAAGAAUAUUUCUCCUGCUUUUCUGUCGAAAUUACAAAAGUGGAAGAUCAAGAGAAGAGAACAGAAGGUAUUUUGACGUCCAUCCUCAGCGGAGGGCGGCAGACGAAUGGUGCUGUUACAUAUUCUUCUUCAAAUCGAUUAGCGCAUUGUACGGAGCAGAAUAA